AUGUCCCUCUCUCUCUCUCUCUCUCUCUCUCUCUCUGUCGAUAUAGUCAAAUCUCUCUUUCUUUUCUCAAUGCAUUCGCGCAUAUACAGAAACCCGCUCUUUCUCUCUCCUUCUCUCUUUUCUUCUCUCACGUUUGUCUCUUUAGGAACUCUCUAUCUGUCUGCCUAUCCCUUUAUUUUUUCUUUCACUCACUCUUCCUCUCCAGUUAUCUCUCUGUAUAAUCAUUAUUCAUGUCUCAUUGAUAUGCAGACGAAUAGACAGGACAUGCAAGUUUGUUUUGAAGGCCGCCUCCUCCAACACAAAUUGGUGACAGUUAUCUAUUUCACCCUCUCUAUCUCCUGUUUAUCUCACUCUCUUUAUCUCACCCUCUCUAUCUCACUCUGUCUAUCUCACUCUCUUUAUCUCACCCUCUCUAUCUCACUCUGUUUAUCUCACUCUCUUUAUCUCACCCUCUCUAUCUCACUCUGUUUAUCUCACUCUCUUUAUCUCACCCUCUCUAUCUCACCCUGUCUAUCUCACUCUCUUUAUCUCACAAAGAUCUAUCUGAUUUCUGUUUAUCUACUCUCUUUUCUCCUUACCUCUAUCUCACCCUAUUUAUCUCACCCUCUCUAUCUCACUCUGUCUAUCUCACUCUCUUUUAUCUCACCUCUCUAUCUCCUCUGUCUAUAUAUAUUUAUUUAUCUCACCCUCUCUAUCUCACCCUGUUUAUAUCUCUUUAUAUAUCUCUAUCUCAUAUAUAUAUCUCUUUAUCUCACCCUCUCUAUCUCACUCUGUUUAUCUCACUCUCUUUUAUCUCACCCUCUCUAUCUCACCCUGUCUAUCUCAUUCUCUUUAUCAUACCCUCUCUAUCUGACCUGUUUAUCUCCUCUCUCUUUAUCUCACCCUCUCUAUCUGAUCUGUCUAUCUCAUCUUUAUCUACCCUCUCUAUCUCACUCUGUCUAUCUCACCUCUUUAUCUCACCCUCUCUAUAGACCCUAUCCUCUUUAUCUAACCCGGAAAAUCUCUGUUUAUCUCUCUCUCUUUAUCUCACCCCUCUAUCUCACUCUGUCUAUCUCAAUCUCUUUAUCUCACCUCUCUAUCUACAGUUUAUCUCAAUUUCUUUAUCUCACCCUCUCUAUCUUUCCUGUCUAUCUCUCCUUUUAUCUCACCCUCUCUAUCUCACCUAAACUCUCUUUAUCUCACCUCUCUAUCUCACCCUGUCUAUCUUCUCUUUAUCUCUCCCUCUCUAUCUCUCUGUUUAGGAACUCUCUUUAUCUCACCCUCUCUAUCUCCCUUUGUCUAUCUCACUCUUUUAUCUCACCCUCUAUCUCUCCUCCUGUCUAUCUCUCUCUUUGUCUACUCUCUAUCUAUGUUUGUCUCAUUCUUUAUCUCACCCUCUCUAUAGACUCUGUCUAUCUCACUCUCUUUAUCUGUCUCUAUCUGAACUCUGUUUAUCUCACUCUCUUUAUCUCACCCUCUAUCUCAAAUGGUCUAUCUAUCUCAUUCUCUUUAUCUCACCUCUCUAUCUCACUCUGUUUCACCUCUUUAUCUCCCCUCUCUAUCUCACCCUGUCUAUCUCCUCUUUCUCUCACCCCUCUAUCUCACUCUGUUUAUCUCACUCUGUCUAUCUCACCCCUCUCUAUCUCACUCUGGUUCAUCUCUUAUCUCACACUCUCUAUCUCACUCUGUCUAUCUCACCCUCUCUAUCUCACCCUGUCGAUCUCACUCUCUUUAUCUCACCCUCUCUAUCGAUAUGAGCUGUGCUUGUAA